AUGGCAUCAGCUCCCCUCCCCAAUGUCAGCCUGGCGGUGUUUGCCCUGGGCGGCUUCCCUGGUCUGGAGACAGCCUACGGCUGGAUUGGCACCACCAUCUUCUGCGUCUACUUGGUGGCCGUGCUGGGCAACUCCUCCAUCCUCUACAUCAUCUGGGUAGAGCCCAGCCUGCAUAGGCCCAUGUACCAGUUCUUGGCCAUGCUGGCUGCGACCGACUUGGGCCUCUGUGCCAUCACCCUGCCCACCGUGCUGGGCGUCCUCUGGUUCCGCCUGAGGCAGAUUAGCAGCCGGGCCUGCAUUGCUCAAGCCUUCUUCCUCCACGCCUUUGCCCUCAUGGAGUCGGCCGUGCUCUUUGCCAUGGCGGUCGACCGUUUCGUGGCUAUCCGGUACCCCCUGAGGUACUCCGAGCUGCUGAGCACCCCCCGGGUCCUGCGAAUUGGGCUCGCCCUCUUCCUGAGGAGCACCCUGACCUUACUGCCCGCCUUCUUCUUCCUUGCCCGGUUCCCCUACUGCCCACACCCCAGGCUGUCCCAUUCCUACUGCCUGCACCAGGACCUGAUUCGCUCGGCUUGCAGCGACACCACUUUCAACAACUUCUAUGUGCUGGUCCUGAUCUUCCUCAGCAUGGGCUCAGACCUCCUCUUCAUCCUCCUUUCCUACAGCCUGAUCCUGAGGGCCCUCCUGGGCAUGGCGUCCAGCGGCCUCAGCCCCAUCAAGGCCCUGAGCACCUGUGCCUCCCACCUCUGUGCUGUCCUGGUCUUCUGUGCUCCUGCACUUGGGCUGUCUAUCAUACACCGGUUUGGGCAGCAUGCGCCGCCCUUGGUCUAUGCCCUCAUGGGCAACGUCUACAUCCUCUUCCCACCAUUGAUGAAUCCCGUCCUCUACAGCCUGAAAACCAAGGAGAUCUCUGGCCGGCUCCUCCAAAUGCUCAGGAGCCUCUGGAAGGUGUAG